CCUGCUAGUGGGGGAGGUUAUAAACACUAGCACAUGUUGGCACAUGUCGAUAUGUUAUUCGUGACCCUGCUAGUGGGGGAGGUUAUAAACGCUAGCACAUGUCGACAUGUAGUGAUAGAGCCGGUUCGUUCAACCCAGCUAGUGGGGGUUAUACACCAGCAAAUAAUGGCCCUGCUAGUGGGGAUUAUACACUAGCCGUGACCUAUAGAGGAGACGUCUAUUUCGUUCCCGUACUGUAUCCGUUUUGCGUGAUUGCACAUGAAGUGAAACCGAGGACGGGGAAACCACAGGAAGUGACGAAGUGUGAUAUGAUAAGUUCCGAGCCUUGUGCACUUGUGGGACCCGUCUCACGAGUGUACGGCGUUUGCCACGUCCCCGAAUUUGGAACUCCUCAACAAAAUGGGGUGGUUGAACGGAAAAAUCGUACUAUUGAGGAAAUGGCAAGGACUAUGAUUUGUGAGAAUGAUUUGCCAAAAUCCUUUUGGGCCGAAGCCGUUGCAACCUCUUGUUAUUUGUUGAACAGAGUUAUGGUGAGGCCUAUUCUUAAUAAAACCCCUUAUGAAAUUUACAAAGGAGGAAAACCUAAGAUUUCCUACUUUAGAGCUUUUGGUUGUAAAUGCUUUGUCUUGAACAAUGGAAAAGACUCUCUUGGAAAAUUUGAUUCUAAAAGUGAUGAAGGCAUCUUUGUUGGAUACUCUACUUCUAGUAAAGCUUACCGUGUGUAUAAUAAACGUACCAAAGUUGUUGAGGAAUCUAUUCAUGUGAUAUUUGAUGAGACUAACCCCAUUUGCUCUAGAAAGUCUUGUAAUGAUGAUGAUGUAGAUGCCAUUGGAAAACAAAUAAAAGAUAUAAAUCUCAAGGAAGACAACACCAAGGAAGCUCAAGAUGAGAAAAAUGAGGAGGACAAACAUGAAGAAGUGCAACAAACACAUGAGCUAAGAGAACCAACUUUCCCAAGAGAAAGAUCCUAUGUCAAAGGGGGAGUUUAUUGGUUGAUGAUCGUAUUCAUGUCUUUGGUUGUCUAUGGUGCUAUAUUGAUGAUGAUUGAUGAUUAUAUUCAUUACAUAUUCUUGAUGCUUUAAAGGUUGAUAGCAUGAAUUAAGGGGGAGCAUUUUGUGCUUAAAUUACUUUUCUUAAUGGUUAUCAUGCUUAAAUGCUUUAAAGAUUGAUUUGCAUGAAUUAAGGGGGAGUUUGUUGAUUAUGUGCUUUUUGAUGAAUGACAAAAAGGGGGAGAGAAUAUGCUGAAUUUAAAGUCAUUUUCUAAAGUACCUUGUGCUGAAAUUCUAGUUAAUAUUGAAGUAUAUAUGUGCUUUCAUUAAUUAAUUCUCAAAGUGUUUUGUCAUCAUCAAAAAGGGGGAGAUUGUUGUACCUAUGAUUUUGAUGAUUACAAAACACAUUUGAAUGACUAAUUGGUUUAUUUAAGUGUCUAGUUAAGUUGCUAAAAGAUUGCAAGUAAACUUAGAUUGCACUA